AUGGGUUUAGGUAACAGACGCAACCGGAGUGAAGACGAAGCAGAAGCGGGCCCUAGUAGACCAACGAGACGUAUUGCUCUAAGAGAUGAGGGUGCCAGAAAUGUUCAAAAACGAAGACGACGCGAUGAAGAAGAAACCGAAGAAUCGUCUAACGAAGGAUCUGUAACCCAACCUUCUACUACUGCCGAAAAAGCAGCUCUGAAACUAACUGCAGAGGAACUAGAGCGCAAAGUCAAGGAUGUAGUGCGACUUGCUCUGUUCUCAGAACUCCGAAAACAACCAUUGAAGAGAGAAGACAUAACAAAAAAAGUAUUACACGAACACUCCAGAACUUAUCAAGUCGUGUUUGACAAAGCUCAAGAACUUCUCGUAGAUGUUUUUGGCAUGAGCCUCGCAGAAUUGCCUUUAAGAGAAAAAAAAGCCGGGGGAUCACGUAAACCUACUCAGUCGUAUUCGACAAAGUACGUUCUGAAAAAUAUUCUUCCUCAAGAUUAUAGAGAGAUAGGUAUAAUAAGUUGGGAAAAAAAUAAUGAAAUAGAAUCUAUGGGGUUGCUAACUGUCAUUCUGAGCUUGAUACAUGUGAAUGGAAAAGUUUUAUCAGAUGAACAGCUUGCACAUUACUAUCGUCGUUUGUAUUUAACUGACAAUGAUAAAUUUGAUUUAGAAAAACUUUUAUCAACAUUUGUUAAACAAGGAUAUUUGGAUAAACAAAAAAAUGAGCAGAUCUGA